AUGGUCAAAGUACAGGCUGCACUUGCAAGUCACCCCGAUAAGGUGCCCGAGGCCGAACGAGAAGCCGCAGAGGUACGAUUCAAAGCCGUCCAAGAAGCCUACGAUAUCCUUUACGAUGAAGAUAAACGACACCUUUAUGAUACCCAUGGCAUGUCUGCUUUCAAUGGCUCCGGCGAGCCCGGCAUGGCUGGAGGACCGGAUCUAGACGACAUUCUGGCCCAGAUGUUCGGGAUGGGUGGUGGGAUGCCCGGCAUGGGCGGCAUGGGCGGCAUGCCUGGCGGACGGCCUCCCAAGCCUCGACGGAGCCCGGACGAGAACACGAAGUACGAGGUGCGGUUAGAGGACCUCUACAAGGGCAAGACGGUCAAGUUUGCUAGCACGAAGAAUGUCAUUUGCAGUCUGUGUCAGGGUAAAGGUGGCAAGGAAAGAGCGACGGCUAAGAAGUGCUCUACAUGUGAUGGACAAGGUUUCAAGCAAAUCUUGACGCGGAUGGGACAGUUCCUUACGCCAUCGACGGUGACCUGUUCGACCUGCAAUGGACAGGGAGAAUUCUUCAGUCCCAAGGACAAAUGCAAGAAGUGCAAAGGCAACAAGACCGUGGAGGAGAAGAAAAUGCUGGAGAUCUACAUUCCCCGGGGAGCAAAAGAAGGAGAUAAAAUCGUGUUGGAAGGCGAGGCGGAUCAGUCACCGGGCCAGGAACCUGGUGACAUCAUCUUCCACAUUGUGGAAGAGGACCACCCAACUUUCCGACGAGCCGGCGCAGAUCUCACAGCCACCAUCGAUGUCACAUUGGCCGAAGCGCUGACAGGCUUCUCGCGCGUGGUUGUCAAACAUCUCGACGGCCGAGGCAUCGAAAUCACUCAUCCCAAGACCCCCGGGGAGGUACUAUCACCCGGCCAGGUUCUGAAGGUGCCCGGAGAAGGCAUGCCGGUCAAGCGCAGCGAUGCCCGGGGUGACCUGUACCUGGUUGUCAACAUCAAGUUCCCCGAUGCGAAGUGGAAGCCCAGUCCAGCCGUCCUGGAGAAACUCCGCGAGAUGCUGCCCAAGCCCGAUCCAUUGAUCCAGGCCGACACGGUGGACGAAGUCGAGUAUGACCCUAAAGGAAACCUAGAUGACUUUGGAGGCCGCGAUCCGCAUGGUGGCUCCGCAUGGGAAGACGAGGACGAGGACGAAGAGCCGGCGCAGUGUGCGACUCAGUAG